ACCGGAAACAGAUGAACGGAUGUUACGCAGCACACAUCAACAGAACAACUACAAAUCUGCAAUGAGUUUUGAGUGGCCUUGGCAGUAUAACUUUCCUCCUUUCUUCACAUUGCAGCCGAAUGUUGACACGAGACAGAAGCAGCUGGCAGCAUGGUGCUCGCUCGUGCUGUCCUACUGUCGCCACCGAAAGCUCUACACACUGGAUGUGCUCGAGGCGCAGGAAAGCCCAGUGUUCAACAACAAGAAAAUUGAAAGAAAACUUUCAGUUGAAGCCAUACAAGUAGUUUUUGAAGAGCUGAGAAAAAAAGGGAACCUGGAAUGGUUGGAUAAGAAUAAAACACGAUGUCUUAUAAUGUGGAGGAGACCAGAGGAGUGGGGCAAACUCAUUUAUCAGUGGGUUUCCAAAAAUGGUAUGGUCAACACAGUGUUUACACUUUAUGAACUCUCUAAUGGGGAUGACACAGAAAAUGAAGAGUUUCAUGGAUUGGAGGAUUGGAUGUUGCUACGCUCUCUGCAGGCCCUACAGGCUGAAGGGAAGGCAGAAAUGAUCACCAUGGAUGAUGGAAAAGGAGUCAAGUUCUUUUGAAUCAGAUUUUCUCAAUUCAGACUUUGGGAUGGGGUGUUGGGUUUCUGUCAGCCCAGCAUGAUCUUUUCCUCACAGUCCACUGGGAUCUUUUUUGGACUCUAUAUUACACUCCGCUACUAAAUCAGUCAAAAGUCGAUAUUUGGCAGAUGAGCCCAAACAAAGAUUUAAGGAACUUCCUUGUUGGAACAUGUUUAAAUUGGUGGUUUUACACCUGACAAAACUGGAGGUAUGUGAAGAUUUUGUUCAUAAACAUUAUGCAUAAAAAGCUGAAAUGUCAGACCAAAAGUAGAGAAUAUCAGCAUCUUAAUGUAGACGCAAACUUAAAUCCUUCCUAAAUCCCAUUUGGUGUACAUAGUUUUUAUUCCACUCCUUUUAUUGCUGUGAAUCCUUAAAGUACUCUUUGUUCUAUGUAGAACCAAAAAGCCAAAAGACAGUCUAAUAAUCUUAGGUGUGCCGUUUGUGGAUCCCACAAUGCGUCCUGGCAAAGAUACAAUGUUCUUGAGUAAAAUGUCUCAUUUCUGAUGGCAGUGAAAUCAACAGUUUGCUGAAAUUUGAAUUUCCUGGUAGCAUUCACUCCUUUUCCCUGGCUGUUAUUUUUUUAUAACAGUGUAAUACUGUACAAAUAAAUGAGGGAGAUGUUUUCGGUUCUCUCCCGCAAACCUUAAAAAUGCUUUGCGUUUUGUUUGAUUGAAGAGUUUUAGUCCUUAAUAUGGGAUUUACAUAUCAGAAUACAUUAUAUGAAUGCUUGCAACAACCAUGAAGCAAUGACAUGUGGAAGCAAUGAACCAUGUCUUACAACAAAGAAUGCUCUGAUUUAUGCUUCCUAUGGAGGAGUUGACACCCCUCAGAUUCUGGGGUAACAUUUGAAUUUGUAGUUAAUUAGUUGUGCUUGUUAAGGCACAGUCUUGUGCCUUAGAAGAUAUUUGCAAUAAUGGGCCAAAUAUAGAGUAGAUAGAUGCUGAGAUCAUUG